CCGGAAUUCAGCGCAGAGUGAUGACAGUCCCAACGCAGUCACAUUUAGACAAGGAAUAACUCACUUGCAGCUCUGUCAUUAAAUCAACUGAUCCAGUUUUGCUUGCAGACAUAAACCCAGGCGCAAGUCUAGACCAUGCGCUCUAUGUGAACAGCUGCGCAAAGACGCACAGGCUGAAAGACAUUUGACAGCUCGCCAACGGGACACUGGAGUGGACAUGUGAAGAAAUGGAUAUGCAGCCUCUUCAUGUGAUCAAAAUGCGAUCUGACAUCAUCAUCCUCCUCAUCCUCACUGCUGUGAUUGUUCCCCAGUGCACCUCGCAGUCAGUGUGUCCUGGCACUGAUAACAAGCUCAGCACGCUGUCGGAUUUGGACCAGCAGUACAAAACUCUUCGCAAGUUCUACGAGAACUGUGAGGUGGUCAUGGGUAACCUGGAGAUCACCAGCAUUGAAAGAAACCGCAAUCUGUCUUUCCUCAAGUCCAUCCGUGAGGUGACGGGAUACGUGUUGGUGGCUCUGAAUCAGUUUGACUAUCUUCCUCUGGAGAACCUGCGGAUCAUCCGAGGCACUAAACUGUAUGAAGGACGAUACGCUCUGGCCAUCUUUCUCAACUACAGACGAGAUGGCUACUUCGGCCUCAGACAACUCGGACUCAAGAACCUGACAGAAAUCCUGAACGGAGGUGUGUAUGUGGAUCAGAACAAGUUCUUGUGUCACGCUGACACCAUCCACUGGAAUGACAUCAUUAAGAACCCCCGUUCUGAACUUCUGGUGGUUCCUUCCAACAACAGCGGCAACUCAUGCAGACGGUGUCACAGAUCUUGUAAUGGACGCUGCUGGGGUCACCAAGAAGACCAGUGCCAAAGCUUGACAAAGACGGUGUGCGCAGAGCAGUGUGAUGGACGCUGUUUCGGUCCGUACGUCAGUAACUGCUGUCACCGUGAAUGUGCAGGAGGCUGUUUUGGACCCAAAGACACCGACUGCUUCGCUUGUACCAACUUUAAUGACAGCGGGGCCUGUGUGACGCAAUGUCCUCAGCCAUUCGUCUACAAUCCAACAACCUUCCAGCUCGAGCACAAUCCCAACGCCAAAUACACCUAUGGAGCGUUCUGUGUCAAGAAAUGCCCACAUAACUUUGUGGUGGAUCACAGCUCUUGUGUCAGAGCCUGUCCGAGCAACAAGAUGGAGGUGGAGGAAAAUCACAUCAAGAUGUGCAUCCCAUGCACUGACAUCUGUCCGAAAGUGUGUGACGGUAUAGGUACCGGCAGUCUUCAGACGGCUCAAACUGUAGAUUCCAGCAACAUUGAGAAGUUUGUCAAUUGCACCAAAAUCAACGGCAACCUCAUCUUCCUCAUCACAGGCAUUAAAGGGGACAUGUUUCAUGGCAUAAAAGCUCUGGACCCUGAUCGGUUAAAUGUAUUCCGCACCGUCAGAGAGAUCACAGGUUUCUUGAACAUUCAGUCUUGGCCGGAAAACAUGACAGAUCUUGGCGUUUUCUCAAACCUUGCCACCAUCGGAGGACGCUCUCUGUAUAGUGGUAUUUCUCUGCUGAUCCUGAAGCAGCGCUGGAUCUCUUCGCUGAAGUUUCAGUCUCUGAAAGAGAUCAGCGCCGGUAACAUCUACAUGACCAACAACAGCCAGCUCUGCUUCUACAACACGGUGAACUGGACCAGUCUGUUCCGCACCAGCACCCAGAGAGCUCUGAUCAAGAACAACAGGGACCCCAGAGACUGCACUAAAGAGCAGAUGGUCUGUGAUCCGUUGUGUUCGGAGGAAGGAUGCUGGGGUCCCGGUCCAGACCAGUGUCUCUUGUGCAAAUACUUCAGCCGAGGAAAGACGUGUGUCAAGUCCUGCAACUUAUAUUAUGGGGAUGUUCGAGAGUACGCCAAUGGCUCGGUUUGUGUUGAGUGUGACAGCCAGUGUGAAAAAGCCGGAGAGAAAAGCUUGACCUGCCAUGGUCCGGGUCCAGAUCACUGUGUGAAGUGCUUGCAUCUCAAAGAUGGACCCAACUGUGUGGAGAAAUGCCCUGAUGGUCUUCAGGGAGCAAACAGCUUCAUCUUCAAAUAUGCUGAGACCAACAACGAGUGCCAUCCGUGCCACCCCAACUGCACCCAGGGCUGUACUGGACCCAGAGUACAAGAUUGCAUUGGCAUGCUAGACAGGACUCCUCUGAUUGCAGCUGGGUUAAUUGGGGGUCUCUUUGUGAUGGUCAUCAUAGCUCUGGGUGUGGCUGUUUACGUCCGUCGAAAGAGCAUUAAGAAAAAGAGAGCUUUGCGUCGUUUCCUGGAGACUGAGUUGGUGGAGCCGUUGACGCCCAGUGGUACAGCACCAAACCAAGCUCAGCUGCGAAUACUGAAGGAAACUGAGCUCAAGAGAGUCAAGAUUCUGGGAGCUGGAGCCUUUGGCAUGGUCUAUAAGGGAAUCUGGGUUCCAGAAGGAGAAACUGUGAAGAUUCCCGUGGCUAUAAAGAUACUCAAUGAAAGUACAGGACCUAAAGCCAAUGUGGAGUUCAUGGAUGAGGCACUGAUCAUGGCCAGCAUGGAGCAUCCUCAUCUAGUGCGUCUUUUGGGGGUCUGCUUGAGUCCCACUAUUCAGCUGGUAACUCAACUCAUGCCCCACGGCUGCCUGCUGGACUACGUACAUGAACACCAGGAGAACAUCGGCUCCCAGCUGCUGCUCAACUGGUGUGUGCAGAUCGCAAAGGGUAUGAUGUACCUAGAGGAGAGGCGUCUGGUGCACAGGGACCUCGCGGCCCGUAACGUCCUGGUGAAAUCUCCAAACCACGUCAAGAUCACUGAUUUUGGACUCGCUCGACUGCUGGAUGCUGAUGAAAAGGAGUAUAAUUCGGACGGAGGGAAGAUGCCAAUCAAGUGGAUGGCCCUGGAGUGCAUUCAUUACAGAAAGUUCACACAUCAGAGUGAUGUAUGGAGUUAUGGUGUGACUAUCUGGGAGCUGAUGACGUUCGGAGGAAAGCCCUACGAUGGGAUUCCCACACGCGAGAUUCCAGACAUCUUGGAGAAGGGCGAGCGUUUGCCCCAGCCGCCCAUCUGCACCAUAGACGUCUACAUGGUGAUGGUCAAAUGCUGGAUGAUUGAUGCUGAUAGUCGGCCUCGGUUUAAAGAACUCGCUGCAGAGUUCAGCCGCAUGGCACGAGACCCUCAGAGAUACCUCGUCAUACAGGGGGACGAUCGCAUGAAGCUUCCCAGCCCCAACCACAGUAAGUUCUUCCAGAGUCUUCUCGAUGAGGAGGAGCUGGAUGACCUGAUGGACGCAGAGGAGUACUUGGUUCCUCAGACUUUCAAUAUCGCUACCUCUUCUUACACAUCUUCUUACACAAGACCACCAAUGGAUACCAGUAGGACACAACUCAAGUGUCGUGAGAGAGUUUUUAUCCCAGAAGACGGGAUGGGAGCUUGUUCUCAUGAUACUUCUGGUACAGCGAGUGGCGUCUUCAUUCCUAUAAGCACACAAGGUGCGGGUCUCGAAGCCCUUGAGGAACAACACUGUAAUGGGAGCUUGAAAAAACAGCCCGUGUCUGCUGGAGACGACUGUGACAGCCAGCGCUACAGCGCAGACCCAACUGUGUUUUUCGCAGAAAGGAAUCAGAAGGCCACUGGUGAAGAUGGUUACAUGAGCCCUAUGAACAAAUCAGCCUCAGACCAUCUUAGCCCUGUCGAGGAGAAUCCUUUCGUAAACCAGCGGAAAAAUGGAAAUAUUACUGCACUGGACAACCCGGGUUAUCACAGCACCCCUGAUAGGAAACUCAAGGGUGAAGAUGAAUACAUCAAUGAACCCCUUUACCUCAACACAUACAACAACAACAUGAACCAGGAGAUUAUGAGGAAAAAUGGAGCUUCCAUCCCUCUGCAGAUGACAACAACAGCCAACACCGCAAGUAGCCACGUUAUCCUCCCGACACAAACUGGGAAAGCCCACCACCACGGCCAGGGAACACAUGUUCAUUUCGCCGUUCCACCUGUUCAGCCCCCCCAGACAAGAUCGAUGAGCCAAAAUGGCCAGCAUUCCCAGUCGCCACACGGUGCUGAAUCCAAUUCCUCCAGCAUGUCUGGCAAUCCCUCCUUAUUAACCCAAAUCUCCCUCGUCAGCCAACAGAUCCAACCUUGUCUGGCAAGUCAGUCUGGCUCUACAACUCAUCCGGCUCAAGUGUCGAAAUCUGCAGUCACCGGUAAAAGUAUAUCCGGCCUUCCCGGCCACCUUGUCUAUCCAGGUAACAUGCUUCAAACGGGUCAUUCUGGUACUGUAAUGGUCGACAGAAAGUCAAAGAAGAAUUUUGAUAAUCCUGACUACUGGCAGCAUAGUCUACCGCCCAAGGUGACCCAACAGAACCCUCAAGAUCCAACUCAAGUGUGCAAAAGCAAACAUCUUUACAGGCACAGCAUCCGAAGUCGCAUCGCCAUGGCUGACAACCCUGAAUAUCUUUCCGAGUUUAACAAGAGGCCAGGAACGGUUCUGCCACCUCCACCUUACCGGCACAGGAAUACGGUAGUGUAAUGCCGCAGUUCUAGAGAGCCAGAUUCUUCCACCAGCACCGUAUGCUAAUUUGGAAUUACCGAAGAACAGGAAAAGUCCCAACUUCAGGAAUUACUGAAGGAGACUUAUCAGACUUUACAAGGAAAACCGAUCAACCAAAGUGCCUCUAAAUUAUUCCAAAAGCUAUUCCAUCUUUUCUAUUCCAACAAAUCAGAAUGUAUUUAGAUGUACAUUCUUUAAAGGGAAAGUGUAAACCAAAAAUGGGUAUUCUGUAUCAUUUACCUUCCCUCAUGUUACUCCAAACUUAAAGCACUUUCAAACUCAAAUGAAAAUAUUUUCAUUUUCGAAUCCUGAUUGAUAUGUCUCUCCAUUGAAGGUCCAUUGCACCAAGAAAAAAAAUUAAAAUUUUGAUUAGACCAGAAUAAAAAUGACACUUUUUUUCAGUGUACAACAAAACUUUCAAAAAGUUCAUAAAAUAAAUCCAUAUGAAUUGUUUUUUGUCACUUGUCAAGCAAGUAUGGUUAAUCUUCCAUUUACCGUAUUUGAUAAGCUCUAUGUGCGCGCAUUGCUCAGUGUUUAUAUAUGAAAAAAUGCCUAAAUUGCAUAAUCACAUUAAGCAAUUGUGUCUCUGCAGAAGAUUUAGAUUAAACCUCUUUAUACAAUCUAAAAAUGCUGGAUUAAAUACAGGUUAAAUGUUUAACCCAAUCUUCUGGGCAGUAUCCCAACUGCUGGAUUUGUCCGUAUUUUAGCCAGCACCGGUUUGUAUUUAACCCAGCAUUUUUGGAUUUGUUUUAUGAACUCUUUAAGUUUUGGUGAAGGGACAAAAUAUCUCAGAACUUAUUUAAAAUGUCUUAUUUAGUGUUUGAAAUUUCAAGUCAUGUUUGCUUUUAAGGGUUAAAUGAUGAAAGAAUAUUCAUUUUUGUUCAAACGAACUCUUUAAUUCUCACCUCUGACUAACUCUCCUACAGUUUGGUGCGUCAUAACUUUGUGGAAACUGGGAAGGUAAGGAAAAUCAAGAAUUCACACAUUCUAGUGUUUUUUUUAUUCGAAAGGAAAUGGACUUGUAAUGUUUCUUUGUGGUUUUGACCAGAUGUCUUUUUGACCACUUCCUAUUCAUCUUGUAUUCUUGCUGUUGAUGCCGUAAGCUAUAUUCUCUUCCAUUUUCUUGACUGAAGGACAAGGAUUCGUUACGAAUCUAGGAUCGCCCCUUAAGAAAACGGGGUUACCGUAACUCUUAUGUGAAUGAGACAAUGACGUGGAUUGUAAAUUGGUGCAUCUUCUUGUACUGUAGUGGAUUUCUUAAUGGACUACACUGCUAUUUAUUUUCAGUCAUUGCGCUCUUUUUCAUGUUUUUUAAAGACCUUACUAAUUUCCCCCAGUUUUGUACUCAGAUGUACAAACAAAUCUGAUACAGGCAGAGAAAGAGCACAUGGCUAGCCAUACAGCUUCUUGAGCUAACGGGAAAUAAGUGCCUUCCUCAGUGGCACAAAAGCAUCGGUGGAUGUGCCAAUGGAGUGAUUUGACCUGGAAUCUUUAACUGUUGUAAAUAUACGUGAAACUGAUUUGAAUAUUUACUGAGCCACCCAUGUGCAAACAGACUCACCCACAGCCGGGGAACCAUGUAUUGAACAUGUUGUUGUAUUUAAUUCAUCUAGUAAUGAAUUUAACGGCAAGGUCGCUAUAUUCUGGAAGGCAAUAUUACAGGUGAUGGAGGGCACAAUACAAACUCAAAUAAACUACUGAUCUCCAAUGGAGAAUUUUUCAAAGUACUGUGACAGAAAAUACUUUUGUCUGAAAUGUAUCCUGCUCUCAGUGAGAGUGUGACCGUAUUGUGGCCAGGGCGAAAGUGUUCAUAUGUUUUAUAAACUGUUAAUGGGCGUUUGUCAUUAAUUAUGUCAGAGUGUCAUAGCAGAUAAGAAGUUGUGACUGUGCAAAUUUGGUCCUAAACAUACCAUGCUGAAAUUAUGAGGCUUUGAUUUGCUUUUGACUGAACCGCCAUGAGAGAUGUAGCUAGAUUUGUUUGGCUUUUCUGUUUUGUUCUUUUCUUUGCCUUGUACUUUUGUUUGUUUUGGGGCUAUUCCAAAAGAUGCAUCUCAUCCCUGUUGUAAUUCUAUUUGAUGGAAUGACACAAUAAAGGUCUUGUUUGAGAUUUUAAAAUUGUUCUUAUGUUCCUAGAGUCUGAGAUGUGGAGGUCUUUUGUUGUUGUUGUAUGGUACAAGCACCAGCUUGUUCACUACACUUUUCAGCUGCAAUCCAUCAUGUCUGAACUUGCCCUUACAAACAAUUACUAUGGGGCUAUGGAAUUGGAUUUGCCAGCAAGUUACAUUCAUGUGUUUGCUGCUUCCUCUGCUUUUUGUUUUAUUUAUUUGUUGUUUUAACUGAUAAUUAGUAAGUUAUUGGAAUGGAAACUGAUCUUUAAUUAAAGAAAAAGUUCACCCCCCCCAAAAAAAAUGCUGACAAGUUACUCAUCAUCAGGUUGUCCAAGAUGUAGAUGAUUUUGUUUCUUUUGUGAAAAUUAGUACUGCAUCACUUAUUCACCUAUGGAUCCUCUAAAGUAAACGGGUACCAUCGGUAAUCCACUACAGUCCAUCAAUUAACAUCAUGAAGUGAAAAGCUGUGUGUUUGUAAAAAACAAAUGACCCAUCCAAUUAUUGUGAGCUGCUUUGACGGCACCCAUUCACUGCGGAUGAUCCAUUUAUUGAGAAAGUGGUGUAAUGCUACAUUUCUCCAAAUCUAUUCCAAUAAAGUAAGCUUUCAACACUUUUCCAGUUUUGGGUGAACUAUUUCUUUAACGCCCAACAUCUAAAAAUGAUUUAUAUUGGUUGUUUAUUCAGUAAUUUCAUUCAUCAAGCAGAUUGUCCAGGCUGCUUUUUUAAUUGUAAACUCUCGAGAUUUACACCUACCACAUUAAGACUUUAGAUGACUAUUUGUAUUUAUUUAGUUAUGUAUUAUUAUUAUUAUUUUAAUCACAGGAGCAGGCUGGUGAAAUGCAUUUCCAUGAAGGCAACAUUGCAGUACGUUAUGGUACAAAUCCAAGCAGUCAUAUGCACAACUGACGUACAAUAAAAACUGUAGAAUCAGUAGUUCUAAAUAAAUAAUUAACUCAUUCUGUUUCAAUUUCCCUCAGUUUGACUUGAAUUUAAAAACAUCAUUGUCUGUCUCCUCUUUCAUUCCUGUCUCUUUUGUUCAUAAGACAAGGAAGUAGAGUAUUUUAGCUCACUGAUCUCUGCGCAUGGAGACUUUAUUCCAGCUAGGCAGAGGCAGUAAAUGAAUCAAACUGUCAGCUCAUGGAGGUUUACCUCAACCCAUGUUGUUCCUCUCUAAGAAUAAAUGCCUGUGGAUGUUU